AUGGCUGACUCCUCGGGCGCUCAGAUACUCCAGAAACUGCUCCAGCCGUCACCUGCCGCGGUGGCCUCUCAUGUGGCAAGACAGGCUGCGAAGGCCGAGGUCCAGAGAGAACAGAGAGCACCCAACACAGACACGGAUCUAUAUGGUUGGGGAUUGACCCAGGAGAGUGCACAAGAGCUAAUGCACGAUCUCUUCGAUGUGGUCGAGGAAUUCCCAGAUAUGGUGGCCCAGCUCUGUCAUGACUUAAAGAAGCUGGGCUACUUCUCAGGGUUCCCUCUGCCCCCAGAGCGAAAGGAUAAGUUCUCCGGCAUGGAAGUCAUCAGCGAACGGGAGAUCAAUCAAACGGCCAUGGCUUUCUUAAGGCGUGGGACUGCAACAGACAGCACCGAUGCAUCUUCGCACGAAAUUAGGCAGGUGGUACAGGAUGCAUCCAGCUCCUCGGGUAAGAGGAGGUCAUCAAGCAAGCAGCGAGGUACAGCUGCCCAAAGCAAUGGCGGCCGCAAUACGGACACCACAAUCGUGAUGAUGAAUCUGCCGGUUGACUACAGUCAUGAGAAGUCCCGAGGACUAGUGGAUACCCUGGGCUUCCGUGACAAGUAUGAUGUCGUAAUCUGGUUUCCAAGAAAGCAGAUAGGCCAACAGAAUCUUUCGCAUGCCGUGGUGAACUUCAAGGCCCCAGAAGGCUGCGUGGCAUUCCGAAGACGCAUGAGAAAGGGUGGCAUCAACCCCUCGGGAGAGAAGGAAGUUGCGCUGGCCGAGAGUAUACUACAAGGCUUCCGCGACCUCUUCCGCAAGUACGGGUACAUGAACCUUGCCUCGAGUUAG